AUGUCGAAAACCCUUGCACCGCGCAAGCUCUGGCAACAUGCCGACCCAUCGCAGACAAACAUGGACAUAUUCCGUCGGCGCGUGAAUGCGAGCAGAGGACUGAAUCUGCGAAACUUUGCAGACCUACAUGCAUGGUCGACAGAUCCUCGGACGGCGCCUGACUUCUGGGUCGAGCUGUUUCAGUACGAGCAGAUAAAGCCCGGGAUAGUGCCUACCAAGGCGAUGGAACGGAUUAAUCUUGCCAUGUACCCUCCGCCCGAGUUCUUUCCCCAUGUCCGCAUGAACUUUACAGAGCACUUACUGGACAUCGAGACGCUGAAUGAGGUCGCGCUGUAUGCUGUUUCGGAGGCAUGCGAGGUCAUCAGGCCAGUGACCAAGCCCGAACUUCGAGAGAUGGUCAAAGCCAUGGCCAGCGCCAUGGCCCAGGCGGGGGUGACGGUCGGUGAUCGCGUCGCCGCCGUCAUUUCCAACUGUCUCGAAGCGAUUGUUGCCUGUCUCGCCGUCUUGAGCUUGGGUGCCGUCUGGUCCACGUCUUCACCUGAUAUGGGCGUCGAAGGCAUCAUGCAGCGACUGAACCAGAUCGAACCGAAAGUGGUGAUUUUCGAGAGCUCGGUCCAGUAUAACGGAAAGCGGCGCCCUCUGGUUCAGAAGUGCGACGAAUGUCUCGCCAGAUUGCGAAAGACGAGAAACUUCGAGCUCGGUGUUGUGAUCGUUCGGGAGAUCCCAUACCCAACCAAAGGCAAGACCAACGUUGUCUCGUGGAGCGAAUUUGUCAACGGAGCUCCGGACAGGGAGCUCACUUUUGCCCAGUUGCCAUUCAGGCAACCCGGAUUUAUCGUGUAUUCGUCUGGCACGGCAAGUCUCACAUUCAGGACUUGGGCCAUGUUGUUGCAAAUCAAGAAAGACUAUAUGCUCCAUUUGGAUGUUCGACCAGGUGACACCAUCUACCAGUAUACUACCACCGGCUGGAUCAUGUGGGCCAUGGUUCUCUGUGGCCUCUCGUAUGGAGGCAGCGUUGUGCUCUAUGACGGGUCUCCGCUCUAUCCUGAUCCUCUGAUCACAUUACGCAUGGUUGAGAAACUCAAAAUAUCAUUAUUCGGCACUUCCUCACGGUUCUUGACCGACCUUCACGACAAGCACCUCAAUCCCAGGGAAUCAAUUGAUUUAAGUAGCCUGCGAACAGUCUCUUCGACAGGAUCGGUCCUACCGGCCAAGGUUUGCGAGUGGUUUUACGAUGCUGGAUUCCCGGGAAAAAUCCAUCUCGUGUCGGGUAGUGGAGGAACCGACAUGGCAUGCUCACUUGUUCUAGGCGACCCCACCAGCCCUCUGUUUUCGGGAGAAAUUCAAGUUCCAGCCCUGGGCAUGGCUGUUGAUAUCUUGGACAGCACGAAGGACUAUCCCGUGUCGAUCAAAAACACUGGAGAGCCGGGAGAGUUGGUCUGUACUCAACCCUUCCCCUCUCAGCCAGUUCUCUUCUGGGGCGAGAAGGGCAUGGAAAAGUACAGAUCAGCCUAUUUCGACCGAUUUGGCGAUAAUGUCUGGACUCAGGGGGAUUUCGUCUCGUCGUCGCCCGUUACAGGUGGCUUUACUAUGUUAGGCCGAUCUGACGGCGUACUCAACCCCUCGGGUGUUCGAUUUGGCUCGGCAGAAAUCUACAACGUGGUGAGCCAGUUUCCUGAAUUCGAAGACACCCUUUGCGUGGGCCAGCGUCGGCCGCAAGAUUCGGAUGAGCGCGUCAUACUCUUUAUCAAGAUGAAAGACGACCGGCCUCUUCCAAAAUCCACAGUUGCUGCCGUUCGGUCUGCCAUCGCGACCGCCCUGAGCCCUCGGCACGUGCCCAGCUUCGUCUUCCAGACCCCCGAGAUCCCCUACACGAUCAACGGGAAGAAGAUCGAAUUGGCCGUCAAGCAGAUCGUCUCGGGUCAAAAUGUCACACCGUCCGGGGCAGUUGAGAACCCUGGCAGCUUGGUAUUCUACGAGAAAUUCGCCAAGGAUGAGUACUUGAAGGAGGAUACUGGCAAGGCAUACUCGAGCAAGCUCUGA